AUGUCGCUAAAUAGCAGAUUUUAUCAAAUGGCUUCUUGUUUUGAAAAAUACUUAAUUAGGCACAAGAUCUUUUAUCUGCUUCUCGGAUUUCAAUUCUACGUUUGCUAUUACUUUCGUGGCCAGUAUUUCAAGCAUGUUCUCCACAUUAAUGAGAGCAAGUUUGCUGGCUUUUCUGCUGGCAUUUCUCUGCUCACCUUUUUUGCCUCUUUUUUUUGGACCCGAAUAGCCGAUCGGUACGAAAUUCACAAAAGUAUGCUGCUUGUCUUUGCUUUUCUCUCUUCUGCAGCAUUUUCUGCCCUAUCUUUCAGUGGAUUUUCCGCUCCAACAUGCAUGACCCUCGCUGGCCUUUAUGUGCUGUUUGGCAUGGCUAUGCCACCCCUUGCUGAUAAGAUUAUUUUGGACGACCUUGCUGCAAAAGGAUUAUCCAAGGACCUUUAUGCAAGACAAAUGGUAUUUGCCAUCGUUUCCUACGGGGUCGUUACACUGGGAAUUUCUUAUUUUAUUCAUCUCUGCGGGUAUCACGUUAUUUUUCCCUUUCUUGCCAUCUUUACUGCGUUGUUUAUGGUGUUUACUUUUUUUUUCAUGAAUGUACCCAAGGGCGAUCAUUGUGCUGCAAAGGAAUGUGGGCGUGCAACCUCAAUUCAAAUUCCGAAAGGAAAGUCGAACGUAAGCCUCUUGAGGCAUGUGUUCAACUUGGACUAUUUGUUCUUUCUUUUCGUUAUUCUGGCUAAUGGAUUUUCGCGUUUCUUCAUGAGUUUUUUCCUGAAUCUCUAUUUGACUGAAACAGUUUCGAUGACGCCAAUCCAAUCUGCAUGUUCUGCCAUUUUUGGCAUACUGCUUGAAAUAUUCAUGUUCACUCGGGCAAAAUUUCUUCUAAAUAAAGUUGGCAUCUAUUGGAUGCUGACUUUGGGGCAACUUGCCAUGGUUAUUCGGCUGUGGAUGUAUUACAUACUACCGUCCAAAGUUGAAUAUCUUUAUGUCUUUUUUAUAGUCGAGCUACUCAAAGGCACCAAUCUGGGGUUUGUCCAGCCUUCGGCCGUUAAACUUUCAUCAAUGUAUGCGCCAAAGGGGCUUGAAGGGACCUUCCAGGGCAUAUAUUUUGGUGUGUUUAGCGGGCUUGGCGGAUUUCUUGCCGGACUGUAUGCCAAUCGGUAUUUAACUGACUCAAAUUUCAAAAUUCUGCUUUAUCAUGUCUCCAUGAUCAUGACAAUCGUUCUUUUGCUAUAUAUUUUAAGAUACAUUGUUUAUGAAAAGUUUAAGAAGCUCAAAACCAUUCCAAAUUAG